UGACAAUCAUGACUUGGUUUUGAAUAAUGCUGAUAGAUUUUUGGAUGCCGGUAAUUAUUAAUGUGCAAAUACAAAGGCGAUCUCAAUAGUUACUUUUAUUUGUCUCGAAUCUUUAGUUAUAACACGUUGUCAUUUAGUACCAGCCACUAGGAAACAAAAAGUACUGAAACAGAUUACUAAUGUGCCAUCCAAUAUUAAUCCUAAACAACAACGCCAACAAAUAGUCGCUUCUUCCAAUUCAACAGAUCCACAGCAAAUACAGCAACAACAUUCACGAUCAUCAGCAACAGCUUCGAAUGAACUCGAUCGUAAUGCAAGUUUAACGUCGAGUACAAGCAAACAAUCAUUAAAAUCGACAAAAACAUCUACAACGGCAGCAGAUAAUGAUGAUAUUCUUCAAUGGUGUUCUCAACAGAUGACAUCGUCAAAUGAUCGCCGUAACAAAUCGUUAACAGCAAAUGGUUCAAGUGAACAAUCACAACCAAUUCCAGCAAAACGACGACGAAUGAUAUCUAAAAAAUUACAAGAUGAUACAACUGAAUCUCCUGAAGAUCAAUUAACACCUGAACAACAACAAGUUAUAUGCAAAAAAACAUUAUAUGGCAAGAUUCAGUCAUCAUCUCAAAACAAAAAAUUAAUGAUGUAG